AUGUCAAAACACAUCGACUUCAUUCUCGGCUCGCCGAUAAAUCGAUCUGACGACCGUCGACUCAGUUUCCGUUACUCCCGCGCGCGACUAGUAGCGCCACCUACGGAAUCAGUGAUCCAAGUGACCUCUCACCCAAAAGUAACCUCCAAUGAGUCAAAACUCUCUGAAGACGGACUCUAUGUCUCAGUUUCCGGUCCUCUGACCACGAAAAUAGUGAAACCCUACCAACUUGACAGCCACCGAAAAAUCAUAACCUCAAAUUCCCCGGAGUCUCAGUCCCGGGUCCUCGAGUUCUCGAUACAGGAGCUAAAAAUAUCUGACCCCAGUCUCAUAACCUCAGUCUCUCUGUUGUAUCAUUCGACGACAGUCUGCAAAAUUUCGCCGCCAUUUGCAAAUAAACUUUGCAAGCUUUUAAUAAAAAGAGACUUCAACUUAACCUUAAAAUUGACAUCCGCUACUUCGAGCUCAAUUUUACCUCUCCCACUUCCAAAUCGUUGCGUAAAAAAUCAUAUCAUAACAAUCGACUUUGCGCUCCCCUCUCCUCUCACUUCCGGUCAGUGUCUGGUUCUCGUAAGCCUGAAAAAAAAUUUCCCCGAACCUCAAAAAUCUUCAGGAAGUCUAAAAUUCACUAUGGACCCCAACGACCCUCAUAAUUAUUCAAAAAAAUCAUCAAAGCCCGCGAAGCAGCCGCCAUUUUGUCUCAUAGACCCAGCGCUGCAGAUUCCUGCGCCAUCUACCAUCAGGUCAAGACAGAAACUCGCUGUCGAGCAGAUAGUUAAUGUCAUUAAUGAACCAGCGACAUUUUCUCUGAGAGACAUAACAUUUAACGGAUGGUUCGAAGCCGCGAGACCUCUGAGGCCACUCAAAAUGGCGGCCAAGUCCGAGGGUCAGAUAAUGAUCGAGAAAAAUGAAGUGGUCGCGCUGACGGUCCUUCGAGCCGUUCAAGUUCCAAUUCGAGAAGAAAACUCGAGUGUUACUCCCGUAUUGGUUGUCCAGUGGGGGCAGACGAUAGAGGUCACCAAAAUGGCGGACAAUUGUAACCCAAUAUGGCAGCAAACCUUCAAUUUGUCUUUGCCAAGUGAUUUUGAGGAUGAAAUGGGAAUCAAAUUGAUUCUGUAUGACCAACACCCAAGGUGGGGACUCCAGUGGCUGGGGGAAUCUGUUUUACCGAUGGAGUUUAAUGAAAAUUACUAUGAAAUUGAACGCUGGGUCACGUUGUCCAGGUUGACGUGUCCUGUGGAGAGGUUCGGGUACAAGGAAACCGGGCAGACGAGAAUUUACAUUUGUCUGAAGGUAAAGAAGAACUUCCGGAAGGAAGAAAAGGUCAGGGUUGAUGUGCUGGCCAAGACUGUGCAGAGGUGCGUGGUACCGUAUAGGCUUGAGGGGGUGGGGGAAGAUGAGGGUGAGGGUAAAGAAGGGGAAGAGGAAGUGAUGAAGAUUGUGAUGCUGCUGAGAGCUCUGCCGGUAAAAGUUGGGCCGAUAAUGCCGAGGCAGGCGCUGAAGAUCGGUAAGGUAGAUUACUAUGGCCGCGCGGGACUGCUGGUGAGUUUGUUAUCGGGGGUGGGGAAAGAAGCAUUCGUGGCGAUGGGAGUGUCGCAGGUAAGGCAGGCCGCGGCGUUUGUGGUCACUGUUGGUAAAGAAGUUGAGAUCUGGGACCCAGAGAAUGGGGAGAAGUGGAAAGUUUCUGAUACUGGGUGCUCAUUGGUCAGGAUCACGAGGAUGGUUAAUCAUUCUGGGAUUUGGAAAAAUCUUCAGACGACAAACAUUCUUUCUAACCUCCGUUUCAACCUAAACAAUACAAAAGACUGGCAGGUGAUAAACUCAGCGGCAUCGGCGACUCCACGUGAGCCUCAGACUCUUAGCCUCGAUCUCGAGCCCACGGAAGAGGACGAAGCAAUUUGUGAUGAGAUCGAAAGCUACUUAAAAGAGCACUUGUCCCAGAUGCGCAGUAGAAUGGGUUUCAUCACGAUUUUUAAUCGCCAUGCGUCUUCAGUUCUUCGGCCUUAUUUGCUCAGCUUAUCUUUCAAAGACCAACAAAAAGACUCGAGUUAUUUGGAACAACUUUAUCGCGUUUAUCUUAUAUCCGGAUGUGUUAUUAAUUUACGUUAUGACAAUAAAGAAGAAUUGUUGAACUUUUUUUUGUCAACUAAACUUCAAGAAGUUACUGGUCCCGUUGAAUUUUCAAUUGUUUGUAAUUUACAACGAUAUAUUGGUAAAAUUUGUUCAUUGUGGUUAGUUGUUGCUGUAUUACGUAAUCGUGAAUAA